AUGGCCCAGAUGUCGCUGCGACCAGCGUUCGUCCUCGCUGUGCUGCUCUCUCUCACCUGCGGUGCCAUCGCGGGGCGCCAUCUGCUCCAAACUGGCAGCACUUAUUACAAAGCAACGUCUACCGUGACUAAUCUCAAAUAUGCUACUACUGUUUCGACCACGCUGACUGUUAACGUCACAACCACUUACCAGUUUACAGACUUCAAUGUGCGCAUUACAGGCUCAAGAGCCACGAAGGCCACAGAUUUUUACGGACCGGCGUACUUGGACCAUAGUAAUGGCCUGAAGGUUGUGGCCCAGAUGACCUGCACAUUCACCCUCAUUCAUCCUUCUACCAACGAAUGGGGCUGCCACAAUGUGGACAAGGUUUCACUCAUUGAUGCUUCCCAGCCAGUCAGCACCUUGAAGACGUUAAUUGACGCUGGGAUGUUCAAAAAUCCUUCGAACUUUACUUUUGGACUUAAAGUUAUUGGCGUCGUGAUGGAGGGGCCGGUCUCAACCACUGUCACCAGCUACUGA